GCACAGCCGCUGGCGGGCAGUAUUGUACGCGUGAUGGGCGUGGAGCCGGUGGUUAUGGCUACUCGUCGAGCUUUGCACUUCGUAUUCAAAGUGGGAAACCGCUUCCAGACGACGCAUUUCUUUCGCGAUGUCCUGGGGAUGAAGAUUCUGCGGCAUGAGGAAUUUGAGGAGGGCUGCAAAGCUGCCUGUAAUGGGCCUUAUGAUGGGAAGUGGAGUAAAACAAUGGUAGGAUUUGGACCUGAGGAUGAUCAUUUUGUCGCAGAACUGACCUACAAUUAUGGUAUCGGACACUACAAGCUUGGCAAUGACUUCAUGGGCAUCACACUCGCCUCUAGCCAGGCUGUCAGCAAUGCCAGGAGGCUAGAGUGGCCACUCAGCGAAGUUACAGAAGGUGUUUUUGAAACCGAAGCCCCCGGAGGAUAUAAGUUCUACUUGCAGAACCGGAGCCCGCCUCAAUCAGAUCCUGUGUUAAAAGUCACUCUAGCGGUGUCUGACCUUCAGAGAUCCUUGAACUACUGGUCUAAUCUACUGGGAAUGAACAUUUAUGAAAAAGAUGAAGAGAAGCAAAGGGCUCUGUUGGGCUACGCUGAUAACCAGUGUAAGCUGGAGCUACAGGGCAUCAAGGGUACCGUUGACCAUGCGGCAGCUUUUGGAAGAAUUGCCUUCUCUUGCCCCCAAAAAGAGUUGCCAGACUUAGAAGACUUAAUGAAAAGGGAGAACCAGAAGAUUCUGACUCCCCUGGUGAGUCUGGACACCCCAGGGAAAGCAACAGUACGAGUGGUCAUUCUGGCUGACCCUGACGGACAUGAAAUUUGCUUUGUGGGAGAUGAAGCAUUUCGAGAACUUUCUGAGAUGGAUCCAGAAGGAAGCAAGUUGUUGGAUGAUGCAAUGGCCGCAGACAAAAGUGAGGAAUGGUUUGCUAAGCAAAAUAAACCAAAGGCUUCGGGUUGACAGAGACACACUGUGGAGCCAGCAUUUGUGCCUCCUGUCGAGCACCUGCAGGCCCGGGGUGUCCGUGCCUGAUAAAUGCUAUCAUGACUCAGUUGUUCCUGCACAAGCAAGGAGGCUGGGGUGCUGAAGAUCUGUGUGUUUUAAUCUUUGAAAGCUCCCAGAUAGAUUUUAGAAAUAAAGUCUUACUAUUACCAGUCCCAUUAGCGGAGAACUCGUGCUGUACGCUGCACUGGCAUCAGAAUGGCACCUUCUGCGUGUAACUCGAGUAGAUGAGUCAUCAUUUUUCAGCCUGGGCAACAAUAUGGGACAUUACCUUUGGUUGAAGGUGGAGGGAAUUUUUGAUAAGCUUAGGACAGGAAUACUUCCAACCCCAUGAUCGCGUGCUCUUCUAACGCCCUCCUCUGGCAGGCCUUGACAGUGAAACAUUUUAAAGACAUUUGGUUCAUUGAAUCAAAAGAUUUGACUACCACUCACACAUUCCUUGCUUUAAAAUUUUGAAUAUCCAGAGAAAACAGAUGGAAGGAUCUCAUGUGUUGUGCUGCCACAUGCCUGGCUUCAGGCCACUUUCUUUAUAUAAUUUUCUUAAAUCCUCACGAGAAUCUUAAUUUCUGAAAUAUGGAUUUGAUUUCUGAAAUAUGGAUUCGAUAUUUCUUCAGCCUGAAAAAAAAAAGUUAACACCUUCUUAGAGUUUUCUAUUUGGUGCUACAGAACAAAUAACUUCUACUCAUUGGAAACAGAACUAUAUUGGCCAUAUUUAUUAAAUAGUUUUUGGAACUCUACUCCUGAAAUCACGUUUUUUUGCACCAGCCUUUAAGACUCCUUAUUUAAAAAUGGUGGUGGCCAGAUUCUAAUUAUAGGGAAGAAACUGAAGAGAUUGAAAAGGACUGACUCAGGUUACCAGUUCCAGAAAAAUACAUCUGAAAUGACCUCAGUUAUUCUCCCUGGCUGGCAGGAAAUUUCGGGGUUUCAGUUCCUCUUCUUACUAUAGGGUGGUCUUCCCUUCACCGACAGAAAACAGUCCUUUGCUCUCUCCGCAGCAUUUUCCAUUCAGCUUAAAUUCCUUGUCUUAGGGGAGCAAUCAAGGGUUUCAAAGCAAAUCAGGUUCUAGACGUUCCUUCCCCAGACAAUUGGUUCACCUGUUUGCAUAUACAUGGGGAAAUUAUUGUGUAGAUUUUGAAUAACCAGACUUCUCUGCGUCUCGGCAGACUAAGAUUUAACUCUCAGAUUUCCCUUUAGCUUAGUAAGUAAUUCUUGAUGUUUAUCUCUGGGAAUACCGUUACUGUACAGAGAAACUAUGCUUUUCCCAGGGUAUCAGGCUACUGACCUAGGCCUUCUGAGUGUCAAUAAAAUAAAUGGUUUAUGUAA